GGACAGGCGAGGUAGACGCGUGUGUCCUGACAGUGUCACUUGUUUGAUCAGAUUUCUUGACGUCGCCAAGCCAAGCAUCGACUUGGAGGUAAGAUUUUGGUGAAUUUAAUUGUGUUUGAUGUUGUGACUAUUCAUUUAUUUCUGUGCCAGUUUAUUUUGGGCUUAUCUAAUAAUUUCUAGAUUUUUCCUUCAUAUUAUAAUUUUAAAGCGUGAUAUAACAUUUGAAACCAAAAAAAAAAAAAAAAAAAAAAAAAAAAAAAAAAAAAUUGAAAUUAGUUCAAUGGUUGUACUUAAUUAUUAUUUGCGUUUUUCAUAAUUUGCAGGUUGGGGUCAGGGUUCAAGGUGAGUGGUAUCAUCCACUCGAGUCGAUGAAGGUUUCUUCAUCUUACUUGCAUUCACCUCCAUUCACAUGCAUUCACUUACAGUUACCUGCGAUUAAAAAGCUGGCAAAAAUACAUAAACGCAUAGAGUUUAAUUCAUGGACAUAUAACGGGUUGUUCGUGAACACAUGCAUGUUUCCAUUAUUUAAACAAUAACAAUAAGCCAAUGCUAUACACUUAUCUAAGGGUGAAUAAUUAAAACUACUUCUUAUACUGAUCUCUUGCCUAAGACUUUUUGACAAAACUUACGCUACUUAUGAUUGUGCUCUCUUUUUAAUACGCACUGUCUCAUCCACUGUCUCAUCCACUGUCUUAUCCAUUUUCUGACCCAUUUGGAGUAAACAUUUCUGGCCCUUAAAAUUUUAAAAUAAUUUUUAUCCAAAUUAUUACUUGACAUGGCGUCAUAUAUCUUGACAUAUCGCCAUAUAUCUUGAUAUGUCGACAUAUAUCUUGACAUGUCGUCAUAUAUCUUGACAUGUCGUCAUUUAUCUUGAUAGGACUUCAUGUAACUUGACAUAUGGUCAUAUAUCGUGACAUGUCUUCAUAUAUCUUGACAAAUGGUCAUAUAUCUUGACAAAUGGUCAUAUAUCUUGGCAUCUAGUUCCUUAGCCGCAUUUCGGCCAACCAUUACGGCCAACCAUUACGGCCAACCAUUACGGCCAACCAUUACGGCCAACCAUUACGGCCAACCAUUACGGCCAACCAUUACGGCCAACCAUUACGGCCAACCAUUACGGCCAACCAUUAUCCUCAUUUUUUCAAAACGUCCUGUUUUAAUAAGUGUUUCUCCAAUAACGCGUUGUCCUUUUCUCUGGCUUGCUGCUUUGGUAAGUGGUUCACCAAUAGCGUUUAGCUCAUUUUCAGAAACAUUGCAAGACAAUCUCAUACAAUUUUUUUUUUGUUUUUUUUGUUUGUUUGUUUGUUUGUUUGUUUGUGUGUUUGUUUUGUUUUGUUUUGUUUUUGCCUUUUGCUUAAGAUUUUGACAGGGAACUCGCUGAAAAUAGUGUUUAUCCUACAGUUGACGCAAUAUCGAAGUGUUCUUUUGACACUUUACAAGCUGCCGUAACUGUGUAAAGAAAUUAAUGCAUAGGCGGGUCUAGUGAAGGGUGCACUUAAGAACCGCUGGGAUCUAGUGAAGGGUGCACUUAAGAACCGCUGGGAUCUAGUGAAGGGUGCACUUAAGAACCGCUGGGAUCUAGUGAAGGGUUCACUUAAGAACCGCUGGGAUCUAGUGAAGGGUGCACUUAAGAACCGCUGGGAUCUAGUGAAAGGUGCACUUAAGAACCGCUGGGAUCUAGUGAAGGGUGCACUUAAGAACCGCUGGGAUUAGACUCAGAGAGACAAACAAACACAAAAAAAACCAAAAAAAAACCGAGAUGAGCCUGUUAGAAGCAACCUACUGACGUAAGGGUUCAAUCACGGACAACAAACUAGUAUUAGUGUCGUCAGCAUCCUUUUUAAGAAAAAUGUGUACCGUUCAAUGUCAAUGUCAAUGGAUAGCGUAGGCAGGUCCGAUAAUAUCAUCAUUUGUGACCACAAUAGGACCGAUGAUUUCUUAAUAAAGACUUUCUGAGCUGGUUCCUUUGAUGACCGGGCCUCACAUCACAACGCUCUUACUUUGCACAACAACAAGCCCUACGCCUACACCGGUUUGAGACCCGUUGUCACAGGUAAAAAAAGGGGAACCCGUUUCACUUGGGUGGUUUUCUAAAACCGUUAUAGAUCCGGGUCACUGGUUUGUUGUUAAACACGAGGCGAACUCUCCCCCCCCCCACCACUCACACUCGCUGCCAGCGUGUUAGGUCUUAUGGUGCGUGCACGCUCAAUAUCCCUAGUCCCGAACUUUCCAUGUUAUGCCUAGAAGAACGACCGAACUUUCCAUGUUAUGCCUAGAAGAACGACCGAACUUUCCAUGUUAUGCCUAGAAAUAUUACAUUAAGAAAUGGCGUCAGCGGGCCGUCGAGCUGCAGCUCUUUAUGCCCUCCCCAAAACACCCCUCCCUAACCCGGUAUCGGCCACGGAGCGGCACGUCGGGGAUGUCCCUUUGUCAGGCCGGCCCCCACCCGAGUCUGCUCGACCAGGUCUCCGCAUGGGGCCGUCCUAACCCAAAGACACCCGGUCGGUCCGACACUGUGUUUGCACACAGUGCACACGAUCGACAUUUCUCAGGAGUCGGGAUGGAAAAAUGUACGUCCUAAUAUCUUCCCCCACCCAUCCCAGGGAAGAGUUAGACGCCCUAUAAGAGGGAUUCCACAGUGGGUUUCCACAACCCAACUAGUUCGCGAUGUAGCUGGGACGAAACGGUUGCCUUGGAGCAGCUUCUCAUGGCUGCGUAGUAAGAAUCAUCGGCCAGAGGUUACCACCUUCGCCUCUCGCCUCAUAUCCAUUAACGGCAACUUGUAAUCAUGAUCCCUACCCUGUCACUGCCUAUUGUUCCAGUUGGGAAAUAUCACGACUGGCAGCCCUGUAGGAGCUGUUUUAUGUACGGCAUGUACCGAGCACAUCCCUUGUCUGCCCACGCAGGACGCGCCCAGUGAUUGUGUUUCCCGGGUAACGUCGAGGGGGUCGGUGGCCGACGCCUCCUAAUCGACAAGCCACCACAGUCAAGUCAAACGGAGACCGGGAUCCAUGUUAUGCCUAGAAUAACGAACAUUCUAUCACUCUUUGCUUUUGAUGUGUGUGUGUGUGUUUGUAUGGGGUGGGGGUGGGAGUCUAUACGUCUGUCCGGGAUUAAACUCUAACUUACCCCUGGUAAGGUCUAUUUGUUUGGCGAUUUGAUAUUUCCUAUUCACAACCCAAGCAUCCUCAGUGGCGCUACAGCCCAUGUAGGGCCCUGGCCUGCUCCACCACAUCCUUCCAUUCGGAUCGAUCCAUAGCUUUCCGCCUCCAUGUGCGAACCGCUAUCCACAACCCACCCUGCCAAAAUGAUGUCUCCUGCUGUCACUGUAAUUACAAUGAAAGCACGCAAUUUAAAAAAUAAAUAGUUUUGUCAAAUAGGUUUCAAGGGAUGCAUGUUUAGGCGACAUGUGCUAAUGUGGCGAGUGUUUAGGUGGUAUUUGUUUAGGUGAUACGUAUUUUAAUGUCAUGUGCUAUCGUGGCACGUGUUUUGUGACACCUGUUUCGUGACAUGCGUUUUGUGAAUACUGGUCUCGGGACAUGCGUUUCUGAUACCCGUCAAGGAGUGUUGCUGAAGACGUAACGCUUUCAUUUCCCCCCAAAUUUAUUCGAACAAUUUUAACAGGAGAAAGUACAUUUUGAACUCUACACAAUCACUAUGUUUGGCUAACACUACCGGUAGUAUUAAAUUAAAUUAGUUAUUUGCUUUGUAGUAAAUUGUUGAGUAUAUCAACUGGUUAGGUUCAAUGUUAUAAACGCGUUCUUUAAUAAUGUGUUAUAUAUGAAUAUUUAGCCGAAUAAAUAGAUCAAACAUAAAAAAAAUACAAAAAAUAAAAAUUACCCUGGCCAGGUGCUUGUUGGACUUCUCAGUUUCAAUCAAUUUAUUUUCAAAUAGUAAAAUAAAUUUCUACCGGUCUCAACAUGUCCUCCCUCACCCCCCCCCCCAACCGCUACCUUCCACUGCUCGUAUUCUAUAUUUAGCAACUGUGUAUGGCUUCCAUUCAUGAAAACGCUUGCAUCGGGUGAACUGAAAUGUUAUUAAUACCGCCACACUGGUCACACACAAAAGUGCAAGUGGUAUUGUAGUAUCCCAAAAGUUAGCGGUGCUUAAAAAAAAACAACUAAAAUGUACAGCAUUUAAAGGGAGGGGGGGGGAAUCCUAAAAAAAAAAUGAGCACAUAUAGCACAUGUGCUUACCACUCAGAAAUAUGACGUCAUGUCAAACAGGAUAUGUUAAAUUGCAAUUAAUACAAAAACUGGAUUUGACGACAAAUAACAUAUUUCAUUUUGUACCUUGUGUCUUUACUCCUCUAUUAGUUUUCGACUGAAUUAAUGAUCCAGCCCCCUGUUAAAAACUCGUGCCAUAAGCUCCAUAGAUUCUUUAUCGGGUUAAUGCUUUUCAAUCUGUUGAUAUGACUUUGUCACAUUAAUUUAAUCAGGAGAAUCUUUUAGUUGGAAUAACGAUGAAAAGGCUUAUAUUUUUUUUGAAAAUGAAUAAAAGUCUUUACAAUCAGUGUUCACUUAAGACAUGCCAACGGCUUUGGAAAAAACAAAUACUUAUAUGUGUUUUAUUGUUUUUAUCGUAAAAUCAUGUUUUAAAACACCGAUGUUUUUAGAAACACAGCUGUUCAACAAAACAACAACAAAAAAUUAUAGUUAGGGUCUGAACAUAUGAAAAAAACUACAUAUUUGUUUUGGUUUUUUCCAAAAUGAAGUGAUGUGUUGAUUGACGUCCCAUUGACAGUUAACGUGACGAAGAUGUCCACCUUCUGGGGCUACCUGCUGGAGGGCGUCGUGUUCACCAUCAUCUGGCUGUGGUGGAUGGUCAACACGUUUGUGGGCGCCAUAAGGGUACAUUUGGAUUGGUCAAUUCGUUGCCUCAAAAACUCUAAUCAUGUUAAUCUCCACCACUCUGGAGGAUUCUAAUCUCUUUAAAUAUCUCAUUAAAUUGCAUUAUCUUUAUUAUUAAUAUUACUAUUAUUAUUAUUAUCUCACCAGACUCUUGUCAUCAUAUUAUUAUAAUCCAUGUUGUUAUUUUCAUAAAAGUGUUUCAUAGAAAGUUAAACUUCUGAUUUGCGUUUAUAAUUAAGUUUAAAUAAAAUAAAAAAAUAUGUGGAUUUGUAAGACAUUACUAACAUGUAUUGAGAUAAAUAUGUUUUUUUUUUACAUCAAAAAAAUAAUCCCAUUUAUAUUAUGAUAUAACUUUAAUUAGAUGAAUGGACAAAUCAAAGAUAUCAUAUAAAACCAGGGCCUUGUUGUUUUCUUCUAGUGUCAAAGUGAAGGUAAGAAGUUUAUCCCGCGGCUCAGCUACCCUUACCCGGGAACCAAAAUCCCGGUGGAGAAUCUCUUCAAACUGGCCGUUUCCGGAGCCGGUUUCCUGGCAACGAUCUUCUACGAUGGAACCUCAUUGGUCGACGCCGCCGGGAACUACCGGAAGAUGGCGACGGUCAUCACGAUGUCCAUAUAUGGGAUAUUUUUUGUGCACAGCGUCCUUGAGCUCUUGCUCUGGUUCGGGGUCCCGUUGAUCAGGAACAGCGACUACGUCACAGGGGCGCUGGGAUUUUUUUGGUACGCCCUGGCUACAUUCUACCGGUACGUCCACUGGUGGUGGGGGGUGGUAGGGGUAGGCAUUACAUAAUUAAUUGGGGGAAUUUAAUUCUUAAUUUAUAGUUUAAAAUUCACAUUAAUGUUUUUAUUAUGAUUAAGUUAUUGUGUUUAGGAUGGUGUCAUAUUUGUGCCAUGUUCGUGUCAUUGUUUUAUGUAGUGUCUUGUUUUUAUCACGUUUGGGUCAUGAUUGUGUCAAUAGCUGAACAAUUUGUUCAUAAACCUUUUAGGUAAGCGUUUUAAACAAUUUUUUCCCCCAAUAUUUAAUUUUCCCAAUAAUUGUGGCUAACAGUAAUGCAAAAUUACGUAGGUAGGAAUGAUACGUUCAUGAGUUUAAAUGAAAUACUUUACAUGGGUUAUUUUGUCCAAUGAAAAUGAUCACUUGUGUCCGUUGGGACAAUUGAAAGGAUCACAUGUUUCCGUUUAGCCAAUGAAAUUGAUCACAUGUAUCCGUAUAGCCAAUGCAAUGGAUCAUAUGUAUCUGUGUAGCCAAUGAAAUGGAUCCCGUGUGUACGUGUAGCCAAUGAAAUGGAUCACGUGUGUACGUGUAGCCAAUGAAAUGGAUCACGUGUGUACGUGUAGCCAAUGAAAUGGAUCACGUGUGUACGUGUAGCCAAUGAAAUGGAUCACGUGUGUACGUGUAGCCAAUGAAAUGGAUCACGUGUGUACGUGUAGCCAAUGAAAUGGAUCACGUGUGUACGUGUAGCCAAUGAAAUGGAUCACGUGUGUACGUGUAGCCAAUGAAAUGGAUCAUGUGUGUACGUGUAGCCAAUGAAAUGGAUCACGUGUGUACGUGUAGAAAAUAAAAUCGAGCAGCUGCAGUGAUUGACGCAAUUUUGAGCUUAAAUCUCUUUUCAAGAUUAUUUCAUUCAUGUACACUAUUAUUUCACUAACCUAGUCAUUCAUGUACACUAUUAUGUCACUAACCUAGUCAUUCAUGUACACUGUUCUGUCACUAACCUAGUCAUUUAUGUACACUGUUCUGUCACUAAGCUAGUCAUUCAUGCACACUGUUCUGCCACUAACCUAGUCAUUCAUGUACACUGUUCUGUCUCUAACCUAGUCAUUCAUGCACGCUGUUCUGUCACUAACCUAGUCAUUCAUGUACACUGUUCUGUCUCUAACCUAGUCAUUCAUGUACACUGUUCUGUCUCUAGCCUAGUCAUUCAUGUACACUGUUCUGUCACUAACCUAGUCAUUCAUGUACACUGUUCUGUCACUAACCUAGUCAUUCAUGUACACUGUUCUGUCACUAACCUAGUCAUUCAUGUACACUGUUCUGUCAUUAACCUAGUCAUUCAUGCACACUGUUCUGUCACUAACCUAGUCAUUCAUGUACACUUUUCUGUCACUAACCUAGUCAUUCAUGUACACUGUUCUGUCUCUAACCUAGUCAUUCAUGUACACUGUUCAUAACUAACCUAAGAAACGUUUAUGCUUGGUACAAGACAAAAAAUACGUUUAGCUAUAAUGUUAUCUUUCAUAAACAAACUACACACAUUGAACUAUUCAUUGACUGUUUGAAAUGUUCAACACACAUUUACGUCCAAUAUUUAGUCAUGUGCUCAUUGUUGAUACGUGCAUGCUGCCUGUGAUUCCAGAGCCCAUGACUUCAUGCAUCACAUGUCCGUGGCCGCCAUGGUCAAGACGUUCCCUCUCUAUCCGCUGUUCGCCAUAGGCGUCUCCCUGCUGACGGAGGCUGGAAACAGGCGGGGCUACUGGACGCAGAUGAUCCGAGUCGUGUGUCUGGGCGUGGUGGCGACCUGGGACUGGAACGCCGCCUUCAUCUUGCACCGCGCCUCACCAUUUCCAGGUCAGACGAAAACUGGGGAGCUGUUGCGUGGGGUAAAUCGUUCCAGAAUCAAUCUUAGAAUUUGUAGUGCCCCCCCCCCCUUUAAGUCCUAAAAUACUCUUUGGGGCAUUCACACCUUUAUAUCUAAACAGGAAAUUUGGUCAAAGUCAUCCUUUAAUAUAAUUUUGUUUUAUUUCCAAACAUAAAAAAAUGCCUUUCUAACCUUCAUUUCCUUGACCGCCCCAGGUGAGGGUCCCUCCAACUGGGACAUGUCCGACCACGACAACACCGCCUUCAUAGGCGCCGCCUUCGGUGACCACAUCUGUUUCCAUCUGAUCUUCUUGGUCCUGGCCUACCUGGCAACCGCCACGUACAUGCGCGUGCGGUACGGCAUCCGUGUGCAGAGUCAGAAUGAUUGACAGGAGAAGUGAUUGACAGGAGAAGCUCGUUGUUUUUUUCCCCAUUGUGAAACCAUUCAGUCUCUGAUCCAAUCACACACACCAAGACAUUGGAAGACGACGAAUAAGACGUUAUGUAUCUGUGUCUGCAUGAACACGACUAGACUUGACCCCUUGAGACUCUAUGACGGCUAAACCCACUGUGUCUUUUUACGUUGCCCGGUAAUUUUAAGUAAAAAAUCUGAUCGAAAAGUGAGCAGUGCGCCUGGUUUGUACUCCGUGCUGAUACCGACAGUGGCAAUACGAGAUAUGGCAUACCGUUUUCAGGGCUGGCGCUAGGAGGUUGCGGGGCCUUGGGCAGAUCGAAUUUUGUGAGGCCGUUGACUUCAGUACCCCAGCUGAUAGGGUGUUAUGACGCAUCACAGUCCAACUGGGUCCUAAUUUGACACUUCACAGUCCUACUGGUCCCCCUAAUGUGACGCGCCGACCCGUGUAUUCGUUCAGUCGGUUAGUUUCAGAAAUGUCAAUGUUUUUUAUUUUUUUUUUUUUACAGUAACAGUUGAAUAGCCCUGAGCCUAAUUGCACCCAUGAUUAUCAAAAGUCAAUUCCUAAAAACACAAAGCGUAAAGCGCUCCAUCAGUACAUUACGACCUACUCUCUCACAGAAAUUGCGUUGCGUAAGUGUAAGAUGAAUUUCCUGACGGUAAUCGGGCAGCUAAUUAAACAGAAAAAACCCAGAAAGUUGUCUUCCUAUAAUCGUUAAAUAAAAUUCGAGAAUGCGACUGAUAAACAAAGCGAUUUGACUUGUGAAAACUAAACUUGUCUUGGGAUGAAAAGAUUCUUCACUUAGAUCAUAAAAAUCUCAUUAAUGGAAUUCAGAGGCCAAAAAACAUGAGCGAAAACAUGACAGACAAGUUAAAAUACGCACAGUAGCUAUUAGCGAAAAAGCUAUCGAUCUGGCUUUCUUGGUGGCAAAAACUUCUAUGAGGUCUCUAUAAACUUUAUAGUCCGUUGUGGUAACGAGGUCUCAUCCAAUGAAGUCUUUAUAAACGUGAUAGUCAGGGUGUUUACAAGGUCUCAUUCAGUUACAGUGCGGCAAGUCAUUACAUCGAACCUGAGACCUUGAUGAUCACAAGAAAGUUUGUUCUCAGCUUGAAUUUCGAAAAUCGUUUUUCUUCAUUUACCACGGUUACAGGCAAUGUUAACAUUAAUGCACACCGUCGCAUCGUUUGGAGGCGAAUCGACCAGCGACACAAGACACUGAAGACACAGUAAUGCUGUCACAAGACACUGAAGACAUUGUAAUGCUGUCACAAGACACUGAAGACAUUGGAAUGCUGCCAUAAGACACUGAAGACAAUAUAAUGCUGUCACAAGAUACUGAAGACACUGUAAUGCUGCCACAAGACGCUGAGGACACUGUAAUGCUGUCACAAGACACUGAAGACACUGUAAUGCUGUCACAAGACACUGAAGACAUUGUAAUGCACUCGGUACUACCGUACUUCUCCUGGAAUCAUAUCUCUCAGGAACUUGGGAAGUUCUUGUAAGUCCGAACCAUCUAUAUCCAAUGAAUCACCACUCCUCAACGACUUGUCAACACGUUGUUUUCUCAAAAAUUGCCCAGAGCCAUGGUACAAAGUUUCUGAAUAUCAUAAAGUAAGAUACAAAUUUCAUCGUAAAAUUGCAGUUGCUGGAAGCGUGUUUUCAAUGCAGUGGCGUAGGAAGGGAGGCGAUCCGCCCUUUGCAGAACACUUUUUCUUUAUAUGGAUGGGAUGCAAUUUUAGGUCAAAAUGGAGACCUUUUUGUUACAUCAAGCUGCAAAGUCCAGGUCUUGCCACGAUUGUCAGUGUAGGGAUUGGUACGGGAACCGUAGAACUGCCCAUUCGAUUACCUUGUCCCCGUCCUGCGCAUGCGGGAGCGCCUUCGAGGAAACUUUGGGGCGUCCCCAUGGGGUUUGCCUCUUCGUGGCGUGGCGGACUAGUAGGGGGUGGGGGUACUGUUCUUCUGAAGCAAAUAACCCCGGCCGCCAAAGGGAGUAGUAAUGUCGUAACAUGAUAACUUCGUCCCGGCUUUACGUCCCGACUGAAAGACUCUCAGGAAUUUGAAGUAAACCAAACCAGAUCCUUAGGGAGAGUGGAACGCGAACGGUUUAAACGCAGCGUUUUCGGUCGACCAGGCGUUCUCCAGGCCAUGGGGGGGGGGGAGGUUUCCUGGGUGUCUCCACACGGUCUGGUGGCAGGAAGACCUGGCGCCUGGCCCAUGGGGAGGUGUGCCGAGGGGCAUUAAGAGCUCGUGUAACUCGACAGCCCACCGAUACCAAUGUGACGUAUUACCUUGUCCGCCCUAAUGUCGUUUUGACUUAACAUUAUACACUAGGGCAACGGCCUCGCUAUAUUGAUUAACUAUUUUUAAUAUUAUAAGGGCCACUCGAGAGGUUCCUAAAAGCACAUGACCUUAGGCGGUCGCCCCGUUCGCAACUCCCUGGCGCCGGUAUCGCCGUCAUACGUGCAACGCUACGCCAUUAAAAAAAAAAAAAAAAAAGGGUAUUGUAAAGUUUAUAGACAACUAUUAUUUUAAGACUCCUCUCUUUUUUUUCUUUAAACUCUUUAUUGACAGUUUUAAAGUGUCAUGUACAUUUACAUCAACAUGCCCAAACAAUGCCCAAAUGACAUGUGUUCAACCAGCUCUGUUGUUUUGGCUUUAUUUUCGCAUGGCCACCCGAUGACUUCAUCAACCCUUUCAUUUCAUCAACCCUGUUAUUUCAUGCGUCAUGCCACUUAAAAAAACCCAGUCACUUCGUGAGCCAUGUCACUUCUUAAACUCUGUCACUUCUUAAACCCUGUCACUUCUUAAACCCUGUCACUUCUUAAACCAUGUCACUUCUUAAACCCUGUCACUUCUUAAACCCUGUCACUUCUUAAACCCUGUCCCUUCUUAAACCCUGUCACUUCUUAAACCCUGUCACUUCUUAAACCCUGUCACUUCUUAAACCAUGUCACUUCUUAAACCCUGUCACUUCUUAAACCCUGUUACUUCUUAAACCAUGUCACUUCUUAAACCCUGUCACUUCUUAAACCCUGUCACUUCUUAAACCCUGUCACUUCUUAAACCCUGUCACUUCUUAAACCCUGUCACUUCUUAAACCCUGUCACUUCUUAAACCCUGUCACUUCUUAAACCAUGUCACUUCUUAAACCCUGUCACUUCUUAAACCAUGUCACUUCUUAAACCCUGUCACUUCUUAAACCCUGUCACUUCUUAAACCCUGUCACUUCUUAAACCCUGUUACUUCAUGCACAAUUUUGCUUAUAACAUCAUGUCACUUCGGACACCCUGUCACAUCACAGGCACCGUCCCUACGUACACCAUGUUACUUUGAACACACUGUAGACCAUGUCAUUUUGUAUAUAAAAUCAGAUUGAAGACACCGUCAAUCCAGACAACCUGCCCAUCUGAGCACGUUUACGCCCAAUCAUUUUGUACGCACGAUCUCUUCGGUACACCAUCCCCAAAUGCUCUUGGCCGUCUGCAGAAAAAAAGAGCAUCCAUAUCUCUAUACACAUAUUGAUAGAUGUCAUUGUUUCAAUAAAGAUAUCAUUCCGUGUGUCUGUGAGUUGUUAUGUAUUGGGAUGUGACUAUUGCAGAACCAUUGGUGUCGUCAAUAGCGUCAACUGUGAUAUAUAAAAUUUGAGCUUUUUGUGUUUUUAUGAAAUUCCCAUAACAUCGAACAAACAUUACUAACUAAAUGUACACUGUAAAUGCAUACAGUUUUUAAAAUUUACAUAACUGUGUGUGUGUGACUUACUUUAUAUGUGUCAACAAAGAAUUACAACUGUGUCACGUGGUGUUCUAUUGUAAAAUAUUUCAUUUACAUACAAGCAAUUAAUUUUGUUAAAUAAUGGUUUAAGUGAGC